AUGUACCAUGUUGCUGAGAUCCAACUCUCGCUGAUGCACGGCAUCUUCUACAGGAAGAAUGAGUUGAUCCACAAUUGGUACGGGUAUUGCAUCCGUGUUGCCUUGCUGCCGGCCACUGUCACCGCAUUGCUGCUGUUCCGUCGAGUAGGUGACAAAGAUGGUUUCAGCAAAGUAGAUCUCGUUGUCACUUAUGUUUUGCUCUCUGGAGCCGUCGUCCUGGAGAUCACAUCAGUGCUGAGGGCCAUGUCCUCCACCUGGAGGUACCUGUGUUUCACCCGCAUCCGCAUUCUUCCUUGUUGUAUGCCUCCUAUUAGUCGUCCAUUGUUAUAUCUUCUUGAACUUGUAUUUCAAUCUGGGGAGCUCGUCAGACGGGCAAUACAGAAAGUAGGAAUACUUAAGAGGUACUGGUCAGGCUCCAUGGGGCAACACAACUUUAUUUACAUGUGCAGCCACUGUAAGGACAGCCGAGGCAGCAAAAUCGCGAGAUGGAUAGGAAGAGAGGACUGGUGGAACACACUGGUUUACACGUCCUUGUCUGUCCCCGUCUCGCUAGAUUUCAGCGAGCUGCUGAAGGAACAACUGCGGGCAAGUGUGGGCGUCGACAAAGAGAAUCGAGACCACAUCCAAAACUCAAGGGGCCGGGCGGCGCUGAAGAAGAGGGGGUUGCAUGAGGAGCUGGCCUGGAGUGUGGACUCUGAGCUGGAUGAGAGCAUCCUGGUUUGGCACAUCGCCACUGAUGUCUACCUCAGCUGGUACGAGGCGGAACAUAAACGCCUGCCACAUCCUGCAAAGGUAACCCAGGAGCUCUCCAAUUACAUGAUGUUUCUGCUCGCAGCACGUCCCUACAUGCUGCCUGACAAUGCUAGUCGCCAAAGGUAUAUUGAACUGUGCAACAAGGUGAUCUAUCAUCUCCAAUACAACUCGGCCGUGGAUUUGAUCAAGUUAAUGCAGGGGCAUGGAGAUGCUCUCAAUGCUGAACAAACUCAGCCUGCCGUUGUGGUGGAAAAUCUAGUAGUCGAUAUGCCUGCUGCUACAACCAAAGAGAGUAGUGUAACAUUUGACAGAGCAUGUCAGCUUGGCUCGAAGCUGAUUAGCAAAGGGCUGGAAACACCUGAUGCCAUGCUUGAUCUGAUCAGCCAAGUGUGGGUGGAGAUGCUCUGCUACACAGGACACCGGUGCAGGCCAGAUUCUCAUGCCAGACAGCUGAGCAGUGGCGGCGAGAUCACCACCGUCGUUGCCAUUUUGAUGGAAUUCUUGAAAUCUGAUUUUUCUGAAGUUCAACAAAGAAGAGCGGGAUGCUGA